AUGGCGGAGGAGACAGUGGCUGCAGCCAUUGAGGCCAACCCGGAGAAAGCUGACUCAGCUACUCAAGAGAUUGAUAUGGUGGAAGAUGUGGCAGCAAAUGGUGCAAAGCGAGCUAGAGAGGGAGAGGAGGAGGAAGACGAAGAUGUAUUGAAGAAGCAGAAGGUGGAUAAAUCUGUGGAAGAAGAGCGAUUGGAGAAGAAGGAAGAAGAGGGAAAGGGAGAGGGAGAGGGAGAGGAGAAGGAAGAAGAGGGAGAGGGAAAGGGAGAGGGAGAAGAGAAGGAAGAAGAGCAGAAGUCAGGUCCAGUUAGCUUGGGUCCGAAGAGUUUUGGAUCAGCAGUGGAGAUGUUUGAUUAUUUCUACAAUUUCCUCCAUCAGUGGCCUCCCAAUAUUAAUGUCAACAAGUAUGAGCACAUGGUGCUAGUUGACUUGCUCAAGACUGGUCACUCAGAGCCUGACAAAAAGAUUGGUGGUGGGAUCCAAGCUUUCCAAGUUAGGUUUCAUCCAAUGUUUAAGAGUCGGUGCUUCUUCCUAAUUAGGGAUGAUGACUCUGUUGAUGAUUUCAGCUUUAGAAAGUGUGUGGAUCACAUACUUCCACUGCCCGAGGACAUGAAAAUAAAAUCUGACAACUUUCUAGGUGGAGGUAAGGGUCAUGGAGGGAAAGGAGGAAGAGGUGGACGAGGCCGUGGCCGUGGUUAUGGAAGAGGCGGUAGAUCAAGGAACUGA